GUGGUGGGCUGGAAGGUGCUGAAGCAGCCGCUGACGCCCGCCCGGGAGACGUUCUUGAGCCAGAGGCGCCGCAGCUCCUCGUCCUUGGGGAAGGUGUAGAAGUGCAGCGCCUUGUCGCGGUGCGAGUUGUUGUAGCAGCCCGACUGGAUUGAGUGUAGAAAAGAAGAGUAAAUCUGUCAGAAGUGCCUUGGCAAAGCAGAGUCUGGGAGUCUUCCCUGAUCUCAGAAAUGGCACACCACGGCUUAUGCUCAAGAGAGUCAUGCAGAACCAGCCCCAAGUUUCACCGCUGGCACCUCAGAUAUCUAAUCAGGAAGACACAGAAGAAGCUCAUUCAGAAGUCCCAUCUAAGAGGGUUUCCAGCAUGGGGGAACUGCAGGUGCCAGAUGUUGCUCCUGAGGACACAUCUAUCACUGUGUUCCACAUGAAAAAGAAGAGAAGGAAACUCAGCAUUUCUGAAUUUGAGAGGGCAGCCGAGAGACGACUUCCCCAGUACCAAGCUGUGUCAGCGUUGGAGAGCACAGUUAUGACUCGGUCCCUUCGUAUGUCUGUGGGUUCCUUGCUGGCCCCAGACACCGUUGAAAAGAGGGGCUUGCUCCGGAGGCCCAAAACCCGCAGGGCUGUUGACAUGCAAGCCUUUGAAGGCAGAGUGGAACAGAACAUGCUGAAGAGCAAAGGACAGAAUGAUCUUGUGGACUCACAGUCUGCAUCUGGGAUUCGAACAAGCAUGCUGACCAGUGAUGCAGAAAUGAUGAUGAAUAGCACAGAGCUCUUUGUUCAGCCCCAGCUGGAUGAAGAGAGCCAAAAUAAAUUGUCUGCUCUUGAACCCCAGCUGUCAGAUUCAAGAGCUUCAGCACAGAGGAGCCCGAUUUCUGAUGCAGAUCAAGAGGAAGCAAAGCUGGAGGGCCUGGUAUCCAGUGUGAACACAAACCCGGGAAGGACUCAAAGAUACUCCAAGAGUUCAAGCCUUCAUGAUGAGCAUGUUGACAGAAUGAUUCACGUGUCCCCAGAAAGCCCUGCAAAACAGGGAGAAGAAAAUCAAGAUCACUCCCAGCAGAGUAACCCAAUGGCACAGAUUUCUUUUAUUGAAGAAGAGGUGGUUUGCAGUGUUUAUAGCUGGAACUCCUCUCUGCCCUCCAAAAGUUCAAGUACAUAUUUGGGAUCCCCAGUCACUCUAAAUGUUUCCCGCGUGUAUUUGAGACAAGUUGUGUCCCAUAUAAUCGAAGACCUAGAAAUAAAUGAUACAGAAGAAGAGAUGAUUAAUACAGAGAAUGGAGUGGAACAGGAAAAGAUUUUCCAAGAGGCUGCAGAACAUGGUGCAAGUGCUGGAUAUUCUGAACAUUUGGAGAAGAAACUGGCUGAAAAAGCAGAAUUGCAGAUAACUGCAGGACGUGCCAGCAGGGGUGAAACAGGAAUGGCUCCUUCAGCAGGAGAGGAAGUGGAAGAAGGCAGCGCUGGAGCCCAUGGCUCUCCCAGAGCUGAACGUGAGAUUACCAGCGACAUUGGAGCUGAAAGUCUGGGCAGGCACUCAUUUGAAAAACCUGAGAUGACUCCAUUAAAUGAAUCUGAUGAACAAGAAGAUGAGCUACAGGACCAGGCUAUUAUGCUAAAUUUAGAUAGUUCAGUGGAAGAGCCUGCUGAGGAUGAAGCUGAACAGCCUGCAAGUCAAGAGGUCUCCAUGAAGACUCCUGCGUUUGUCCGAGCUCCAGCCCACAACCUCCUGCUGUCAGCAAAACCUGCUACUCCCAGGUCUCCCCUGCAGCUGCUGCAGCCUAAGACAAUUCCAAAGAGAUUGGGAGCAUCCCAAAAGAAACCACGGGAACCUCAAGUACCAAGGAGUUUGAUAAAGGAGAUAUUCAGACAUUUUGCUAAAAUGCCAGUAACCAGAGAUGCGUUCCAAAUUGUUGAAAAAUGCUCUGAGAGAUACUUCAAGCAGCUGAGCAAUGAUCUGGAAGCUUACAGCCACCAUGCAGGGAGGAAAACAGUGGAGGCAGCUGACCUGGAAGUCCUCAUGAGAAGGCAGGGGCUGGUGACAGACAAGAUGCCUCUGACGGUGCUGAUAGAGCGUUACCUCCCUCUGGAGUACCGCAGGCUCCUGAUCCCUGUGGCAGUGAGUGGAAAUAAAGUGAUCCCCUGCAAGUGAAGGUGCAGGCCUGGCCCCUGGGCUGGGAUGGUUGUUCAUGUCACUGCUCCAUGUGUGCUUUUCCACACAUACCCAGUCAGGCAGCCACUGCUGGAUGUUCUCCUGAGGGGAGGCAGCUUGUGCUGCGGCCACCACACCACCCUGCUGGCUCUCACCAGCCUUUAUUACAAGUAAUUUGACUAUCCAUAUUUUUGUAUGUUACCUUUGAAUACUUGUACAGCUCUGAUAAAUAAAGUGUUGCGUGUA